AUGCGGGAGGCGAAGGUGGAACCCGACGUCAUCAGCUGCAACGCUGGGAUCAGCGCGUGCGAGAAGGGCGAGCAGUGGCAGCGGGCUUUGACCCUGCUGAGCGAGAUGCGGGAGGCGAAGGUGGAGCCCGACGCUGUCAGCUGCAACGCUGGGAUCAGCGCGUGCGAGAAGGGCGAGCAGUGGCAGCGGGCUUUGGCGCUGCUGAGCGAGAUGCGGGAGGUGCAACUGGAGCCCAGCUCAGCUUCAACGCUGGGAUCAGCGCGUGCGGGAAGGGCGAGCAGUGGCAGCGGGCCCUGGCGCUGCUGCGCGAGCUGCGGGAGGCGAAGCUGCAGCCUAGCUUGA